CUCACCAUGGAUGGAGUGAAGUAUAAAUGUGGGGUCAUUGACCCUCCAGUCCUAUGCGGGGCAGCGAGUGAAGAGAAGCCCGCCGACCCUGAGGUACAAGCUGUGGUCGACUCGGUAAAAACCGCGUUUGAGGCUCAAUCCGGGGUCAAUGCCGCACAGUUUACAGUCGUCAAAUACGCAAGUCAAUGCGUCGCUGGAACAAAUUACUUUGUCAAGGUUUCGCUGGGAGGAAAUCAGUUCUGUCAUCUGAGAAUAUACGAACCUCUACCUCAUACGCGAGAGCCCCCGAGGCUGGAUAGGUUCCUGUUGAAGAUGACCGAGGAAGAUCCAGUUGUGCAUUUUUAGAAGUGGAAUC